CGAGGCAGCAGCGGAGGAGCUGCGGGCUCUGCCCUGCGCCGGGACUGCUCGGCUGCGCGGCGGCAGGGAGGGUGAAUGAAGAUGGGAGGAGGGGAAGGAGGAGGCGGCGGCGGAGGAGGCGCUGCGGGGAUUGGGAUGCGCCCCGGAGCCCCGCGGCUCGUUCACUCGGGGCCCGAGACGCCGCCACUGCCGGGGCUGCCGCCGCCGCUGCCUCCUACGUGGUUACUGCGGAGCGCACAGGCCGGUCCCGCAGGGGGCAGGGAAGGGGCCGGACGGGCGGAGCGAGAGAGGCAUCGUGCGCCCCGAAACAAGUCAUCAGGGCAGACCGUUCAAGCUGCAGAUCUGUCUGCCAUCCUUGUCCAAGAGUCUGUUCAUCCUCCCACACCACCUCCUUCUGCAGGGAAUGCCUCCCGUGCCAGGUUCCAGAACAGAAAAUGCUGGUGGACGUCACUUGUUGCCCCCAGGAUCUUCGUUGGGAGUCCUCAGGACUUGGUGUCUUUAAUGAACUUGCCAGGAGGCAUAAUGUAUCACCAUUUUUAUUCUGGGCCACCCUAAUGGAUGACACCCAGCUUCAGAGACCUCCCCUUGAACGUCGUCCCUGGCAGCCAGUGUGUUAGCCAUCCCAUUGUCUGGAGUUGGCCUCCUACUCAUUUUGAACUAGGCUUAGUCACUGAUGGUCAGACCCAGCUGAACGCUACACCGCUUGCCCUAUGUUUUCUCUAGGGUUUCCAGUCUCUCUUCAGUUUUGGGGUACCAUUGUGCCAACACCACUUAUUCCUUUGCUAGACACAAUGCAUGCAUCCACUCUCUCUGGGUUGGCAUUGGCCCACCAGCAUAACUUGGAGUCAAGGCUAACUUCAUCUUGCCCAGACUUGUUCCUACUGGUUCUGAACUGUCUCUCACCACAAGUUGAGCCUUCAAAUACACCAUUGAUAGGUUGUGCGUAGACACGUGUGUGUGGACUGUUAAAAGGAUUCUCGCUCUGUUUUUCUGUUGUUUACAUAAGCAUAUAAGUAUUUAACAAAAUGUCCUAUCACUGAAUUAAACAACAGGGCUUACUUAGUUUUAAAGCCGUGAAGGCUCGAAGGUGGCACAGAAUAAAAGCCAUGGGUUUUGUUUCUCUUUAUGACAAGCUGCAACAUAUCCCAAAAGGUGUCUAUUUCUGUCUGGGCAGGAAAGGGUCAACACUGGCAAUCUGCAGCAGAAACAGGCAGUAACUAACAAACCCAUGCCCCUUGUUGGGAAGUCAGCCCAUGGAAUGGUUCUGUAGGACAAAAGGAAUGGCGGAGAUAUUUCAGUUACAUUUUGUUCUCGGUCAAAACCUUCUCAAAUAUAAAUCUGCUGUGUGUUAGAGGACGGGGACGGCAGUUGAUUGAACUUGAAUGGCUUUCAUUUUACGAGAGGAUCCCACAGAAAGAGGUGCUUGUUCUGACAACCAUAUUGUUGGCUUUCUUUGACUUAAAGAAAAAAAAAUCAAAUCCCUGUUUACAUAUCUGAGAGGAUUGUUUUAUGGACAAAGGCACGGGUCAAAUGGCACCACACUGGCCUCUGCUACAACAGAGGGAAACAUCUCUAAAAUGAAAUACAAGUGUUUCUGAUCCCCAGCCAGAGUCCACAGUAAUGAUACGAGUUGGUGAUGUGAAACCAUUUGUAGUUAUAAUUCAGUUGUACGUGUGCUUCUUUUUAAGUGUAGAAAUCUUUUUGAAAAGAAAAUUCUAAUCUCUUGCCAACAUCCAUUUUUAUUUGUACUUCACCUAUUUGCAUAAUAGGGAACGAAUAUGA